UUUAACAACAACAUCAUCUUCAUCCUCUUCCUCUUCUUCUUCAGGGAGACUGAGCUUCACACGGACAGCUGACCGAGCUCCUCCGGGGACGAUGUGAGUUCAGCUCAUUCCCCGGCGCUGCUGCUGCUGUCGGCGGCAUGACGAAGAGGACCCAGCCGGAGGAGUUUGGGAAAAGGCUCGAAACUCAAACCACGUCGACUCGGGUGUCGUGGCGGCGUCAGGAGUCAUCCUCCGGGCACAAAGGAACCGAGACGGCCCCUCGUCGCCAGACUUACUUACAGAAUGGACACAGACGUCUGCCCUGCUGAUCAGUCCAGCUCUGCACCCUCAGACACCCAGUGGUCUGACGCUGUCCCUGCUAAUGAAGCCUCCGGGGUCGAGGUCAUUAGACGGACUGUGGCAGCUCGGCCAGGCUCAGAGGUGGAGGAUCUGGACUCCUUCAACAUGAUUGAGCCUCCUCCCUUAGACUGGAGGUCUGACUCCUCCAGUGAGGCGGGCUCCGCAGACGACCUGGAGGACCCAAGCUUCCCUCCUUCUGACAGCUUAGACAAGGCCAGUCCAGGAGUAGUAGUAGUACCUUCAGACAUUAGUGACACAGUGGCUCAGAUUGACAUAAACCAGCAGGAACUGGUGCAAAACAAUUCAGAACCAGAGCAGAAUACUGAGGUGGAAGCGGAAGAAGAGGAUGUAGCAGAGGAGGAAGAAGAGGUGAGGCAGGAAGACUUAAAGGGUGUUGGGGAUGAGGAGGACGAGAAGGAGGUUACAUUCAGGGACAUUGAAAAUAUAGAAACCGAAGAGGAAGUUCCUAACAGAAAAUCAGCUGACGAAGACCACAGCCGCAUCCACUCCCUGCUCAGCCAGCUCCAGCUGAUGGGGGAAGAGCCUCAUCCCGAUCACCGAACACCAUCUCCCCAUUACUGCUCCAGCACGUCUGAGCAAGAAGCCUGUGCUUCAUCCCUAAUAACAGAUACCAGCACUGAAACCACUGGGUUGCUGUUCUCUGAAAGCCACCAGAGAGACGUGCUAGGGCUGCUGCAGUGCACAGAGAUCGGUGCUAGACCACGUCCCACCUCUUUGCCCCACAUAGGAGAGGUGGACGCAGUGGUGUCAGUCUCCUACAGUCAGGGGGAUGCACAGAGGUUCUGGGGGCAUUAUAGGAAUGGGCAACAUCAGCGGCACAGGGAGGACUCCCUCUCCUCUCUGCCUGACGAAGAGUAUCCUGAACCAGUGUGGAUGAAGCUGGGUGAGGAGCCUCCGGAUGAAGAAGCGGCUGCAGAUAGUGAAAAGCAGAGUGCUGAGGAUCGUCCUGCAUACAAAGAUGUGCCUGGUCCUUGUGAUCCUGAAGACCUGUUGGAUGGGGUGAUCUUUGGGUCCAAGUAUCUAGGCUCCACUCAGAUCAAAUCCGAGAAGAACCCGUCUACCAACGCUCGUAUGACUCAGGCUCAGGAGGCUGUGGACCGAAUAAAGGCUCCAGAGGGUGAGUCUCAGCCAAUGACGGAAGUGGAUCUGUUCAUCUCCACUCAGCGAAUCAAAGUGCUCACUGCUGACACACAGGAAGCGAUGAUGGAUCACGCUCUGCAGAUGAUCUCUUACAUUGCUGACAUUGGUAACAUCGUGGUCCUCAUGGCACGAAGGAAGCGUAAAGGACAGGAUAGUGACUCCCCCUCCAACUCCACCUCUCCGUCAUCCUCCUCGGGUUCUCAGAAGAAGUGCUUGAUGAUCUGUCAUGUCUUCUCCUCUGAGGAUGCUCAGACGAUAGCUCAGGCUAUUGGUCAGGCGUUCGGCGUGGCCUAUCAGCAGUUCCUGCAUACCAACGGCCUCAAAGCCAGCGACCUGAGGCCCGGCGAGUACAGCGACUACCUGGAGAGUCAGGAGCUCUACAACGGAGACCUGGCCCACUUCUCUGACUCUCAGAACCUCCGAGAUGUGGCCAUCACCAAGGCUGCUGGAGAGCUCCUGGGGGUAGCAGUGGUGGAGUCAGGCUGGGGCUCAAUCCUGCCCACUGUGGUGGUGGCCAACCUACUUCACGGAGGUGCAGCUGAGCGCUCUGGCGAGCUCAGCAUCGGUGACCGCAUCAUGUCCGUUAACGGCACCAGCAUGGUGGGUCUGCCUAUCACCACCUGCCAGAACAUCAUCCGGGACCUGAAAAGCCAAAAGUACCUGAAGCUCAGCAUCGUGCACUGCCCUCCGGUCACCAGUGCGAUUAUCAAGAGACCAGAUCUCAAGUUUCAGCUCGGCUUCAGUGUGGAGGACGGCAUUAUCUGCAGUCUGAUGCGGGGGGGUAUAGCAGAGAGAGGAGGCAUUCGUGUCGGGCACCGCAUCAUUGAAAUAAAUGGACAAAGUGUUGUCGCCACAUUGCACGAAAAGAUCAUCCAGAUCCUGACCAAUGCAGUUGGAGAGAUUCACUUGAAGACGAUGCCUGCCUCAACAUAUCGACUCUUAACGGGACAGGAGCAGCCAGUGUUUAUUUGAGCAUUUCUGCAAGGGGCGAAAAUACUGCACAGUAUUCAACCUAUAUGAACUUUUGCCAAACUCAGAAAAUAUUAUGCAAUUGACCGCACACCAUAUCAUGAGCUGUUGUCACACCACUGAACACAACAAAUUAGUCUAGCUAUAUAUUUUAAAUUUAAAGUCGAUUAGACUUUCUGUAAGAACUUAUUUUAAAGUGCGAAUAGAUGUUAGUUCUCAUUUUUUAUUUAUCAGAUAUUUAACAAUGCAGGAAAAUAGCUGAGAUGCAAAGAUAUUUUUUGAAUUCACUAAUUUACAUGGUGGUGAAGAGUGUUGAGUGAUCACGAGUCUUCCAACCUGGUGAGCCUGAGGCAAACAUGCUUGAUGGGUGGAAUCUGAAUUGAAUCAUCCGAGAGGGUCAGUGUAUUUCAUUGUUAUGUGCUUCCAGUGUCAUGUGUCAAGUGUCUGCAACAAGCUUCAGAGGAAGGUGCUGCGUGCGACGCUCUGUUUCUACUCAUACGAUGCUUUUUUCUGACUGUGCCUGACAGUUAGCAGACACCCUGCACAACUGAGGGUAACUGCCUUAUGUGACAGAGAGAUUCAUAUAUUUUUAAGACAUUGCUGUUUUGGGGAUGUUCAUUAAAACGAUCUGUAAUAUGUC